AGUGCCUCGUUGACCUCGAAUGUCGUCAUUUGGUACUUUCUUCCGCGUCACAACCUUCGGCGAGAGCCACUGCGCUGGUGUCGGGUGUAUCGUCGAUGGCGUCCCUCCUCGCAUGCAGCUCUCCGAAGCCGAUGUCCAAGUCCAGCUGAGCAGGAGGAGGCCAGGACAGGCAGGAGCAGGAAGCAUCAGCACCGGAAGAAACGAGGAGGAUGCGGUUCAGAUCCUCUCAGGAACCGAGAAAGGCUUCACUCUGGGGACGCCGAUCGGCAUGUUUGUGAGGAACAAGGACAUGCGACCGCACGACUAUGGGGAGAUGAGCCAGAUUCCUCGUCCCUCGCACGCAGACUUCACCUACCAGAUGAAGUACGGCUUCCGUGCUGCGAGUGGAGGAGGACGCUCGAGCGCUCGUGAGACCAUUGGGCGAGUAGCAGCAGGAGCGAUCGCAGAGAAGUUCCUCAAGGAGCGCUAUGGCGUCGAGAUCGUCUCCUGGGUGAGCGGAGUAGGAGACAUCUUCCUCCCCGACGACAAGGUGGACCUCGCCAACAUCUCUAGGGAGCAGGUCGACCAGCACAUGGUCCGCUGCCCUUGCCUGGAGACUGCGGAGAAGAUGACAGAGUGCAUCAAGGCGGCGCGAGCUGAUGAGGAUUCAGUCGGGGGAGUUGUGAGCUGCGUUAUCCGCAACGUGCCGAUCGGACUGGGCGAGCCUUGCUUCGACAAACUCGAGGCGGUUCUUGCGCACGCGAUGAUGUCCAUCCCCGCGACCAAGGGGUUUGAGAUCGGAAGCGGGUUCGCAGGAGCGAGGAUGCGAGGCUCGCAGCACAAUGACAUGUUCUCCAUCGACGCGCAAGGCAAGAUGGUGACGGAGACGAACUACUCUGGAGGGAUCCAGGGAGGGAUCAGCAACGGCAUGCCUAUCGUCUUCCGGAUGGCGUUCAAGCCGCCGGCGACCAUCGGCAAGGCUCAGAACACAGCUGACUUCACUGGAUCUUCCACUGUGUUGGAGGCCAAGGGACGCCACGACCCCUGUGUGGUUCCCCGCGCGAUCCCCAUCGUGGAGACGAUGGCGGCGCUAGUGAUUGCGGACAUGUGCCUGAUGCAGGAGGCUAGAGUGAGCUCCGCAGCUCGGCUUCCAGCUGAAGUGAGCCCCUACUUCUGCGACCCCUCCAUGAGCGGCGACGUCUCGUACAACGGGACCUUCAGUGGGUGGCCGAACUUGAGCGGAGAGAGUCGCAAGUCUGAGCUGACGAAGCGAAAGAAUGAGCUGGAGGAGAAAUUGAAGCAGCUGAACUUGCAGCUGGAUGAGGCGGACAAGUGAGACUCCAGCAGCUGGAGAGCUGAGGUUGAAACUUUUAGAAUGAACGUGACGAGCAACGUCAAGGUG